GCCGGGACCAAGCUGUUGCUACCUUGCACGGCGACGCUGUGGCAGUAGACGUCGCGAGCGGGACCCUAAAAGAGACCUCUCACCUACCCUUUCACGUGCGGCCGGCAAACGACGCACGUCUAGCGCCAGCCACAAUUUCCAGGGCAGUCAUGGACCUCCUCCAGUCCACGCCCUGGGACCGCUACGCUGGAGUAUCGGGAGCAUUAACCACAGUAGUUUGUGUCUCCGUGGGACUCGGUGGCAUGAUCAUGAACGAAGGCGGCUGGCAGACCUUCGCCGCGUUUUACACCGUGUGUUGCGGGUUGUUGGUCGGUGUGAUUGAGCUGCCGGCUCUCUACUGCCACUCGUACACGUGUUUGAAAUUAAAAGAUCGCCUCAUCGAGGACACGAGCUUCCACCACGGCUGGAUCCGCGCGGCGCUCUACUUAGCAUGCACGCCGGCGAUGUUCGGCUUCACUUCCAUAUUAGUGUGGCCGGGCUGCAUGUUGGUAUUGACAGCAUUCCUCUACGUGCUCGUGUCGCUCAAAUACCGCGCGGGCGGCGGCGUGCCUUCCUACUCGCAGGUGCCGCAGGCCGGCGAGGACGAGGGGCCCUCGUUCGGGACGUUUACGCUGUGAGUAAUAUCUGUAGUAC